AUGGGUGAACGGCGGCCAGAGCGAGUGGACCAGCCCGGUGGGGAGGAUGCUCCCGGACGAACAAGGAGGAUGGAAGCCCUUGUGAAGAGCGGACAUUUCAAAAAACGCCGAAGCCCAACGAAAAAGUACCGGAGCCCGGAAGUGACCAGUCAGUCGAGUUCCGCCUCCGGAUCAGCCACUAGUCAGGACGAGUGGCUCACAACCGAUUCAAACUUAAGGAAGGAGAAAAAGAAGGUAAACAUCCGAAUUAAAGAAAAACCGGCGGGAGCAUUCAUGAUUAAGCAUGUUGCAAAGGAAGAGCAUCUGACCCCACUUCAGGUGGCUGUUACCUUCAAAAUAAAACUAAUGAAAAUUGUGAGUUUCUGUUCACAGGACCGGAUCAUCGGACACCCCUGUAACCAGUACGCCCCGGUGACAAGCGUCCCGCCCGAGCCUGCGAGUUCCACGCUGACCGAAUCCAGAAAACAACAAAACAGCAUCCACAGGAGGGGGCCGCGAUGCCUUUGCGUUAUCUUAAUUUUGCAGCUUGUCACUAUAGGACAGGAUGAAUUUCACCCAUUCAUUGAGGCACUUCUUCCACAUGUCCUUGCAGUUGCCUAUAAGUGGUUCAACCUUCAAGCUUGAAAACGCAAGCAGCAGAUGUCAAAGGAUGAGGAAAGAGCAGUCAAGGAUGAGCUACUUAGUGAGAAGCCUGAAAUUAAGCCAAAGUGGGCAUCUAGGCUCCUCACCAAGCUGCGCAAAGAUAUUCUCCAAGAGUUCCAGGAGGAUUUUGUGCUCACAGUGACUGGGAAGAAGCACCCAUGUUGUGUAUUGUCCAAUCCUGAUCAGAAGGGUAAGAUUAGGAGAAUCGACUGCCUGCAACAGGCUGACAAAGUCUGGCGUCUGGAUUUAGUCAUGGUGAUCCUGUUCAAAGGCAUCCUCUUGGAAAGCACAGAUGGAGAGCGACUCAUGAAAUCCCCACAUUGCACAAAUUCAGCACUUUGUGUCCAGCCACAUCACAUAACAGUAUCAGUCAAGGAGCUUGUUUUGUUUUUGGCAUACUACGUGGAGGAACAAGGUAGGAAGCAGAUUGUUGUGUUUCUAUGUUAGUAUGUAAAACUGAUUCUAAGUUGACCUUUUUCUCCUAAGCAAUGACUUCUCAUGAAAUAUUCCUCUGUGGUCUAUAUAC